CGCUUCCAAGUUUAUUUAUAGAAAGAGGCCAUGGCGAACGGCUAGGAACAGAAAGACACUGGGAAAAGUUUAACGGGAUCCAAAAAUGACUUCCAAGAUGCAGGGUUCCAUCUGUAAAUACCCGCUUGAUGACAGGGAGGCUAGAACGCGGCAUGCCAUGAUGAAGAAAUACUCAACAAAGACUGUGCUUGAAGUUGAAGAGCAGAUUAAAAACCUUCACGCUAAUGCAAAUCAUGUGAGGUCUGUUGAUGUGCCGCACUUUACAAUGGAGGGUGUGGACAUGGAGUCAUAUGGUUAUGUCCCCGCUGAGCAAGAUCGUGUUCAGGAUGCCAAUAUGGAGGCGAUGUAUACGGGCUACCACAUCUCAAAACCUCCGAGGGAUGGAAGGAUGUGUGUGAAUGUUCUACAAAUCAAAGUACUCAAACCGAAAGUACAAUUUGGCAUAACAGAGUGGGCGUUUGGAUCAGUGAGGAAGAAGGUAGCACAUCUGAUAUCUAGUGACUCUUUAAUUGAACAGAAGGAAGAGACCAUUAAUGCUACAGGGGUUCUCAUCUCUGAUACGUUAGAUGUAUUGGACACAGUUGGAUCAUUGGAUCUCGUAAAAUCACGACGAACGAUGGACGAUAUGUUCUAUGCAGUGCAGAAUUAUCGUUCUCACUUCUCGCUUGCAUAUAUCGGAAGUAACGCAGAGGGAUUUAGGCUCCCCAACUCUGAGAUAGACAUGCUGAUUGUACCAACGGGAAUGAAAGUUUUUAACAGCCUGAAAAGUCUACGGGAAUACAAAAGAGCUAAGAAGGAAAAGCCGUAUCAUAAAUACAGGCGGGGUUAUGAAGACAAUGAACUAUUAUAUGCAAUGGAUUCCAGGAACUAUGAACCUGGCUACACCAAGGUGUACGGAGCCAGUCUGGUCCAGGCAGUGACUGAGGAAUUCAACCAAGAGUCGUGGAAUAUACAUGAAUAUUUUCCUACUAAACAUUUUAUACAGAUUUGCGAGUCAUUGUGCCGCAGUGAUUUGCCAGAAUAUGGCCAGCAGUCUGAGGGUAAACAUGCGGUUCAGAAGUACAAUUACACUUUCUGUCUCCACUGUGAAACAUGGCCACAGGAAGCUGAAGAAUGGUCCAAAACUCGCCUUAAGAAAAGAUGGCCACAUCCUGAUCUUGUAACACAAAUUUUGGCAACUGGUUGCCACCUGGUUCCAACAGCAUCUGGCAAGCACAAGGAGGAUCCAAUUCAAUGGCGAAUUUCAUUUUCAACAGCAGAAAAACUUCUGAUUCGAUCCCUUUCAGAUAUUCAGUUCAAAGUUUAUGCUCUCCUUCGGAUCAUGGUGGGCAAGAUCGUAGACCACAGAAAAGAAUUUAUGGAGAUUCUGUAUCCGUAUGUUAUCACUACGACCAUUCUUUACUUAAUGGACAAAAUCCCACCUCACCAAUGGGUGGCUGAGAAGUGCGUCAUCCACUUUUUCAAGGCCAUUCAGUGUUUAAUCAACUGGAUUAAAAAAAGACGCAUUCCUCAUUAUUUUAUACCUAAAACAAAUCUGUUUCCUACCAACAUUGCAGAAAAUAUCGUGAAACCUUUGCUCAAUACUUUGACAUUUUUGAAAGCUACAGGGAUAGAAUUCAUGCUAGAAAGUUCAUCAAAGUUCAUGUUUGGUGGUCGGAUUCGGCCCUGCCCUGAAAUUGACCGGCUGAUUGUAAGGGGUUACAUUCCUUACGACGGUGCAGGUGUAGAACUUCUUCAAGAAAUAGGAGAAUACAAGAACAUGCACUACAUCAACCAGAGAAGCACAUCCGAAAUUUACCUAAUAUUUGAACGGGCUGUACAGAUAUUCCUUUCAGAGGAUCUGUCUGAGAAUGAAAAAGAUUAUGUGAAGUAUCUGGUUGACAACAUUCAACGCUCUAGGGCUACUCUGCUGUUCAAGGAGUACCUGGAGGUCAAGUACUUGCUGAACACACUACAACAAGGGGAGCUCUGUCUGGAUAUUGAGCGUGAGAUGUUGCAGAUCAGUGCAAUGGAUGUGACAAGUGGGAGACUGUCUGUAUCCACCUACUACUACCUCCAACACAAGUUUGUGGAGAGCCUGGGCAUGGCGCAGCAGGCCAUGGAGCUUUGUGAUUGGUUCUGCAUGUUUGUGGACAAUGAUGGGAUCACUAAUUACUUUGACAAUGAAAACUGCCUUGAGUAUGACCGCAUGGUAAAUGGGAAAGAAAUCCGACUCGCGGAGAGAAUUAUUGGGGUUUUUGCCAUGAAGGUGCCAUUGUGGAAAAAUCCCAAGGUCUUGGUUCCUCCCGAGUUGGAGUUUGACCUCCUUUUUUGUACACACCCUCUUGGCUUGUUCCUCUCACCGAUUGUCUAUGGGCGAUUCAUGAUUUUCAACUCGUUUUUCUCUCUUGGACAUCUGAAGAAGGCAAGAAAAAGUUUGGAAAAGUUGGAGGCAACCUUGGAGGUAGAAGUGCAAACUCACAAGGCCCAUGUCACACUCAACAUGAUCGCUUGUUGUCGGAGGAAGCUAGGGGAAUACAAUAAGGCAUUCCAACGUUACAAGGAGUCAUACCUUCGUAAGCCAGAAAAUGAUGCGUCUGUGUGGCAUGCAUGUGUGGCCUUAUAUAUAUACCUUGUGUCACAACCCACCACAGUCGUCAUCUACACAGGUCCCCCUCCUCGCCGUCUGCUUGACUUAUACACAGGGCCGCUACAUCUGGAAGACUGGGAAACAGUCGCAUAAACUCUUAUACACAAGUGAGUGCAUUUCAUAGACUGAAACAUCAGAGGAGCUCUCUGUUGUAUUGACUUAUACACGAGGCUGCUACACGUCACAGACUGAGAAGUAUGGCAGUAUACACAGAAAUAGUACAUCUGUUUGACUGGAGGAAAUCAUCACAAGAAUUCUGAAAUACAUGAGACCACUUCAUCAUUUGAUGUUCUGAAAAUAUCCAAGAAUCUCUCUGCUGUUCACAUAGAAUAAAACCUUCAACUGUUCUGCAGCCUUUCAUUGACAUCUAAUACUUAUAACAGGGUAUUUUUUUAGAGCAGUUUCUUUGCUUUUUAUUCCACAUGUGUUUACAGGUGUUUUUGCACUUGAAUCACUGACCAAAUUAUAAAAAGCAUCAAAAUAAGAAAAAUACAUAGACAGCUUUUUAGGCAUGUUUAAAAUUUAGUGACUACUAGAGACACUAGUUUACUGCAUUUUGGAUUUGGGAGGAGGUAUACGUAGAGGAUGCUGUUUAAUAAAAUCUUCCAUAAAACUAGAAAAUUAUAUUUCCUGUGUGUAAUAAUUAAUAAAUGUAAAACCAGAUAAAAUUAAUAUCUCUAUCGUCUAGGUGGAGUACUAGGUGCAGUACUAGGAGUCACUAAGGCUGUCACACAAGAAUAAUGAAUGGCUAUUGGUUUAUACAGGAUAUGUGUAUAAAGUAAAAACAAUCAAAUUAUAUCUAUUUUGAAAUAUUCAAUUACUUGCAUUGUUAAAUAUAUAUCCAGAUGAUUACAUAAAUUUGUUGAUGAACCUGGUACUCAUUGCAUAAAAUAGUUUUUGUGUAGCAGAUAUCCUGCAGGAUAUAUACUGGAGCGGGAAAUCUGUAGACUUACACAUGAUAUUUUGAGGUAUGAAGGCAAUAUAACAAAGCGAGCAACACACAAGAAAUUAAAGUACCAUAGGCAUGUCAGUAUGUAUACAAUUUGGAUCCUGAAGGUAUUACAAUUUAUUUGUAGUGCCUUAGGCUAUAUAUACAAUGGAAUGUUAUUUAAGGCUGUAUGUUACCUUGUUGUUAUUUAAGGCUGUAUGUAACCUUGUUGUUAUUUAAGGCUGUAUAUAUACAAUGGAAUGUUAUUUAAGGCUGUAUGUUACCUUGUUGUUAUUUAAGGCUGUAUGUUACCUUGUUAUUAAAUGCAUCUCCUUUCCAAAGAGUUCCAAUUUAACAAACUCUGUAAAACAUGUUCAAUGAGUGGGAAUCUAGACUUUGUUUAAUAGCUUGACUCAAUUGCAACAAACUACAUUUGUUUCUUGACACAUUUCUGCAAAUUUAACAUUUAAAAUUCUGAUAUUUUUACAAAUAUUAAAAUUUAAAACAAGAAAGGUAUAUCUUGGAAUAAAAGUUAUCACCAUCAGAGAGUAAAAUUAGCAUAACUCAAAAAUACAAUGAAGUUAGAAAUCUGACACAAAUCACAGAUAUAAUAGUAUAAAGGUUUCGUAAAGUUUUAAAGGUUAAAUGAAGUCCUAAAUAAUAGAUAUUUUAUCAUGAAUUUUUUAUAUGUAGGUCUGAGUAUAAACAAGUUUGACCAAUUCGGAGAUUCAUGUCUGUCGAUAGUUUAAACGUUUUUACUUGUCGCUACUUUAUGAAUUAUUAAAUGAUUGAGAAUGACAGGAAUAUGUUAAAUGAAAGAGAGAGAAGGGGGGAGGGGCCAGAGGAGUAAGUACGAAAACCAUCCAGUCCCCUUUUCAGAAACCUGGAUCUACUGCCACCGGAUCUCUUGUCUCUUUGGACUAUGAGUCUGCAUAAUAAUAGGCAGGUGGAGUUAAGGAUUGGGUCCAAUAAUUAUUGCGUCAAUCCUGUGUUACUGAUGAUCCUAUUUUUCAAAAUUUUGAAUCCUUAUCGUGUUCAAACUUUAUUAUUAUUCCGAAAAUGUUCAGAUAAGUAUUAUUUAAAUUUGUAUAACUGCACCUAGUAAUUGCACUCUCCAUUGGACGUUAUCAAAUUGUUAAGUUUAACUAAUGUGAUUAGUACAACACAAUACACAAUACAAUUUAUUUUAUUUUAGUGUCACAUGGUAAAACAUACAAUGACAUUUUAAAAUGCAAAUUUAAAAUACCUUAAUGUCUAAUUAUUAUUAGUAUGAUGAGGUGUUAUUAUUGUUAUUGAUUACUGUGAUAUGGAUGUUAUCUUUAAAUUGUUGUUUUAUUACAGUAAACUUACGUUAUAUAUUGUUAAACAUUUUUUUUACUUUGCUGGGACCUUAUACAACCAUAUUGUUUUUACUUGGAUCGAACACCUUUCCUUUAAAUAUUCCUUGAACAUGUCUUUUUUAUCGAGAUUUUCCCAGGGCAAAUUUCAGAUUAGGUGGCCUGUCAUGUGAACUUCUGAUUAAUUCAGUUAUUCAUGUAAAGAAUAACCUUUGAUGUUAAUCAGUUAUAUGUAACUAUGAAACAUAACAGGAGAAAGCCAUUUCUAAACCGAGAUGAGGGGGCUCAUAGAUUCUCGCAUAUCAAAGUGUUGGCCAAAUGGAAUUGUCAAUUUGAUUUGUCAUUUCAUACAUCUGUAUAUGCAUAACAACCAAGUGUACAUGUAUUAUAGCGUACCCGAAUCGACGUUCGACUUUAUAUUGCCAACUCGAACAUAUCUUUCACUUUUGUGUUGAUAUUCUCUAAAUCUUCUCUGAUAUAACAAACAACAGGUAAGGGAUUCUCUAAAUCUUCUCUGAUAUGUUUACUCACUGUUGUCGACGUCAUACCAUUAGUCUUCGACUACUACUGAUGGACAACAGGGAAGGGAUUCUCUAAAUCUUGUCCGAUAUAUCAGACAACAUGGAAGGGAUUCUCUAAACCUUCUCCGAUAUAUCAGACAAUAGGGAAGGUAUUCUCUAAAUCUUCUCCGAUAUAUCAAACAACAGGGAAGGGAUUCUCUAAAUCUUCUCUGAUAUGUUUACUCACCGUUGUCGACGUCAUACCAUUAGUCUUCGACUACUACUGAUGGACAACAGGGAAGGGAUUCUCUAAAUCUUGUCCGAUAUAUCAGACAACAGGGAAGGGAUUCUCUAAAUCUUCUCCGAUAUAUCAGACAAUAGGGAAGGGAUUCUCUAAAUCUUCUCCGAUAUAUCAGACAAUAGGGAAGGGAUUCUCUAAAUCUUCUCCGAUAUCAGAUAACAGGGAAGGGAUUCUCUAAAUCUUCUCCGAUAUAUCAGACAACAGGGAAGGGAUUCUCUAAAUCUUCUCCUAUAUAUCAGACUUCAGGGAAGGGAUUCUCUUAAUCCUCUCUGAUAUAUCAGACAACAGGGAAGGAAUUCUCUAAAUCCUCUCCGAUAUAUCAGACAACAGGGAAGGGAUUCUCUUAAUCUUCUCUGAUAUAUCAGACAACAGGGAAGGAAUUCUCUAAAUCCUCUCCGAUAUAUCAGACAACAGGGAAGGGAUUCUCUAAACCUUCUCCGAUAUAUCAGACA